AUGACCAGGCCCAACCGCCACCGCCGUCACCAAAAACCAACCCCAGUGACGCGGCCAACUGCCCACCACCACCACCAUCCCACCCGCGGCCCACCGCCACCCCCGCCGUCACCAAACCAACCCCGGUUGACGGCACCACCCACCAACCACCAUCACCGGCCCAACGCCACCGCCCGUCAACCAACCCCAAGUGACCGGGGCACCGCCCAACCACCACCACCAUCCCCGGCCCACUGCCACCGCCUGUCAUUCAAACCCAAGUGGACUGGCACCGCCCCACCACCAACCAACCAACAUCCACCCGGCACCCACCGCCAACGUACCAUUCACCAAACCCCAGUGAACGGCACCGCCACACCAAACCACCACCAACCCAUUCCCCCGGCCCACCGCCCCCACCGUCCAUCACCAACCCACCCCAGUGACGGCCACCGCCCACCACCACCACCAUUCCCCGGCCCCACCGCCACCGCCAGUCACCAACCAACCCCAGGUCACCGGCACCGCCCAACCCACCCCCAACCACCAGCACCCAUCCCCCGGCCCACCGCCACCGCCGUCACCAACUCCAGUGCCACGGCCAACCGCCCUACCACCCACCACCACCACCACCAUCCCGCCCCGGCCCACCUGCCGUCACCAACCAACCCCAGUGACCUGGCCAACCGCCCACCCACCACAACCACCCCCAUCCCCAGCCCACGCCCCACCUGGGACUGGGCACCGCCCACCACCACCCACCACCAACCAUCCCCGGCCCACCCACCGCCACCGCCCGUCACCAACCAACCCCAGUUGCCGGCACCGCCCACCACCACCCCAACCAUCCACCCCGGCCCACCCACCAGCCACCAACAAACCCCAGUGACCGGCACCGCCCCACCACCACCCAUACCCCGGGCCCCCAGCCACCGCCAACCACCACCACCAACCCCCAGACCGGGCCUUGGACUCCCCAGUGCCCCCGGACCACCGCCCCACCACCACCACCACCAACCACCACCACCAUCCAAUCCCCGGCCCAACCAACCACCAAUCCUCCCCGGCCCACCCGCCACCCGGGUCCCCCGUCACCAAACCCCAUUGAUGGCACGCCCCACCACCACCAUCCAGCCCCGGCCCCACCGACCACCGCCGUUCACCCAACCCCAGUGCCGGCACCGCCCACCACCACCACCAUCUCCCCGGCACCAACCGCCACCGCCGUCACCCAACCCAGUGAACGGCCACCAGCCCACCACCACCAACCCAAUCCCCGGACCCACCGCCACCGCCGUUCACCCAACCCCAGGACGGACGGCAUCCGCCCACCCAACCACCCAACAAUCCACCGGCCCACCGCCACCGCCGGUCACCAACCCCAGUGCCGGCACCGCCCACCGCCACCACCACCAUCCCCGGCCCCCCGCCACCAACCCCAGUGACGGCAACCGCCCACCACCACCAUACCCCCGGUCCCCCCAACCGGGACCACCGCCGUCACCAACCUCCCCCAGUGACGGCACCGCCCACCACCACCACCAUCCCCGGCCCACCCCCGCCCCACGCCGUCACCAAACCCCAGUGACCGGCACCGCCCACCCCACCACCAUCCCCGGCCACCGCCACCGCCGUCACCAACCAGUGCCGGCACCGCCCACCCCCACCACCAACCCAUCCCCGGCCCCACCGCCAACCGCCGUCAACCAACAGUGCCGCACCCGGGGGGCCACCACCACCACCAUCCCCGGCCACCACCAACCACCCCAGUGGAGGGCCACCGCCCACCACCACCAUCCGGCCCCCAGCCUUCCGCCCACCACCGCCACCAACCCCAGAGCCGGGACUCCCCAGUGCCGCCACCGCCCACCACCACCACCACCACCACCACCACCAUCCCCCGGCCCACCAACCACCAUCCCCGGCCCACCACCAUCCCCGGCACCGACCACCACCACCACCAUCCCCGGCCCACCGCCCACCGCCUCACCAAAACCCCAGUGGACGGAGGCACCGCCCACCACCACCACCAUCCCCGGCCCACCGCCACCGCCGUCACCAACCCCAGUGCCGGCACCGCCCACCACCACCCACCAUCCCCGGCACCGGCCACCAACCAGUGACUUCAACCGGACCCCACCCCCAACCAUCCCCGGCCCACCGCCACCGCCGUCACCAACCCCAGUGACGGCACCGCCCACCACCACCACCAUCCCCGGCCCACCGCCACCGCCGUCACCAACCCCAGUGACGGCACCGCCCACCACCCACCACCAUCCCCUCCCACCGCCACCCCGCCGUCAACCACCCCAAGUGCCGGCACCGCCCACCACCACCACCAUCCCGGCCCACCGCCACCAACCAGUGACGGCCCACCGCCCACCACCACCAUCCCCGGGCCCCCAGCCCACCGCCAACCCCCACACCAACCCCAGGGAGGGCCGGACUCAGUGCCGCCCACCACCCCCACCACCACCACCACCCACCCAACCCACCCCCGCCAUCCCCGGGCCUGCCAACCGCCAACCACCACCAACCCCAGAGCCGGGACUCCCCAGUGCCGCCACCGCCCCCACCACCACCACCACCACCACCAUCCCCGGGCCCCGGGCCCCCCUUGCCACCGCCAACCACCACCACCAAACCCCAGAGCGGGAUGGACUCCCCCAGUGCCGCCACCGCCACCACCACCCACCCCCCACCCACCCACCCACCACCACCACCCACCAAUCCCCGGGCCCCCCACCACCGCCAACCACCACCACCAACCAGAGCUGGGACUCCCCAGUGCCGCCACCGCCACCAACCACCACCACCACCACCACCACCACCACCAUCCCCGGGCCCCCAGGCCCCCCGCCAACCACCACCACCAACCCCAGGAAAAAAAAGCCCGGGACUCCAUGCCGCCAACCCAACCAGUUGCCGGCACCGCCCACCACCAACCACCAUCCCCGGCCCCCCGCCACCAACCCCAGUGCCGGCACCGCCCACCACCACCAACCCCACUGCCACCACCGACCACCACCACCAAACCAACCUUCUUCCUCAUCACACGUUCAUUCUCCUCCCUCCACUCUCCUACGUUCUCCUUCCUCUUCUUCAAUUGCCUCCCAACUUCUGUUCUGGCUCCACGUCUUCAUUCUUCUUGCUGGCCAGUCUUGCUUCCAUCCUCCUCUUCCUGUGUAA